AUGUUCUUGUACAGGAAUCAAACCCGCAAAUGCUUUAAUAUAUGUAACAAGAUGAAUUCCAGUGCGAUACUUGCCACGCAUGUUUUAUUAAAAUUUUACAUAAAUAAUUUUACAAGUGGGGAUUUGUUGAAUAAAGGUGGGUUAGAAAUAUUUUAA